AUGGCGCGAAUAACUGCUGCAUUUGCUGUGAUUGCCUUGUUUGCUGUAUUUCCGAGCAUGGAGGCAACGCAGUACAUUGUUGGUGAUGACCGGGGUUGGAGUUCUAAUGUUGAUUACUACUCUUGGAUUGCUGACAAAACUUUUCAUGUUGGAGAUUCUUUAGUUUUCAAUUAUCCAACAAUGAUGCGUCACAAUGUGCUUGUAGCAGCUAAUUUUGAUGUGUAUGAUAAUUGUGAUGCUGCUCCAAAUUAUGGGAUCUGGACAAGUGGCAACGAUGUCUUUACCUUGCCCACCACGGGUACCUAUUAUUUCACAUGUGAAUAUGAUUGCGACGUAGGGCAGAAGAUUAUGGUGGAAGUGAAUAGUUGA